GAGCACCACUGAACUAUACAGUCAGCAAACAUAGCAGUCAUAGAAAGGGUACAUCGGAUUUUCUGAAACUGAGUGACCACGAGUGAAUAGAUUGCUUGAUAAUACAAAACGCCGGCUGACAGCUGUUCCAAGAUAAAACAAAACACAAGGAACAGAAUAAAGUUAGGGUGCUUUACAAAUUGUUAUGUAGUUCUUCGAAACAUUCGUGCAAAUGGUGUGAAAUUAGCUAAAAUGCUUGUUCGGAUUUGGCACAUAUCGCUUUACCUUUUCUUAGUUUUCACAUUCGCUCUUGCUAUAUUUUGCUAUGGAUUUUUUCCGCUUUCGUUUUCACCGUCGACCAAAUCGAACAUUACCGACCUACCAGGAUCGUUGGACAAUGUGCAGCUUAAUACCAAAUCUUACAAGCCACGUAAUUCGCGGGCUGUGCUGAUGGUGAUAGAUGCUCUCCGAACGGAUUUCGUUUCCCAGAAGAACAAUAUGCCAUUUUUAAAUCAGUUGAUCAAAGAUGGUCGAGCAUGUCAGUAUCAGCUGCAGGUUCACCCGCCAACAGUUACGAUGCCCCGAAUCAAGGCGAUGACUUCGGGAGCCAUUCCAAGCUUCCUGGAUGUAAUACUGAAUCUGGGGAGUCCCCGGGUUAAGUUGGAUACCUUUCUGUAUCAAAUGCUCCAGUUACAACGACGGAUGGUCUUUUAUGGGGAUAAUACGUGGACUAAUAUGUUUCCGAAUUAUUUCUCUCGUAAAGGCGAAAAUGUGGAUUCUUUAUAUGUUAACGAUUUCUAUGAGGGCGAUCAAAAUAUUACCAAUCAAAUGCGAAUUGAAUUUAAUAACUACGAUUGGAAGAUGAUGAUUCUGCACUUCCUGGGUCUAGACCACAUUGGACACGUCGAAGGACCAUUCAGUGACAAAGUACCGGGAAAGCUGAAAGAAAUGGACAGUGUCAUCGAGGAAAUUUAUGAAGCCAUGAAAAUAUGGGACGAAAAAUAUCAUUCCAAAUCGUUACUAGUGAUAACCGGUGACCACGGGAUGCGUGACGCAGGCGGACACGGUGGAUCAACGCAUCCGGAAACGCGCGUUCCCCUUGUGGUGCUUGGUAACAAUUGCUCGAACAGUGCAGACAAUUUCCUACAAAUCGAUGUUGCUCCCACAUUCGCCGUACUGAUGGGAGUACCUAUUCCAUAUUCCUCUAUUGGAUCGCUCAUCAAUCCGAUUCUGAAUCACAUUCCACCAUUGGACAGACUGCAUGCGAUCUAUUAUAACACCAAACGAUUAAUUGAAAAGUCAAAAGUUUUCUAUGGAAACGAGCUGAGCGAACAAGAUUUUUUCAUUCAGUACAAAGAAGCUAAACUAUUGCAUUCGAUGUAUUUGAAUGACCAAGAUGAUAUGAACCUACUACAACAAGCAAUGGGAAAAUACAAUACUGCCAGCCGAAAUUUGUCAAGCCUCUUGAUUAAACACUACAUUCGAUAUGAUAUUCCCAGUAUAGUAAUUGGCAUCAUACUGGGCUUGGUGACUACCGGUUUGGCUACAAUGCUUUGUAUGAUCCCAUAUGAAAUAGAGCAAAUCGAGUUCCAGCCUAAACCUGAAAGACUGAUGUUUUUGUUGAUUGCUGGCGUAGGAGGAAACUGUUAUUUUUCAGCACUCGAUGGGAUAGAAACUGACAUUCUCCGGUAUUCUUUUAUUAGCAACCUAUUGUUUACAUUAAUAUCCCAGUGCAUUGCGAUCCAUUGGAGUUUACUCGAAAGCAUAGUUACUCUCUUGAGUAUAAGGAAAAUGGCCAACAUUUUCAAGUUACCUGGAUGUCUACUCGUGUUCGGUUGCAUUGUCCACAUGUUGUCACUAGCCAGCAGCUCCUUCAUCGAAGAAGAACAUCAAACGUGGUACUACUUCAACAAUUCAUGGUUUCUAUUAAUCACACUGAUCGAGUUCAGGAAAAUGAAUCGCACAAUCAGACAAAUAGGAGACAGUAAGAGCAACGAAGUGCUACUAUCGCAUUGUAAGUGGGAACGAGUACAAUUCUGCGUCAGUACAGGUCUAUUCUUCUUCGGGCAUAUCUUGCUUCGGCGGUGGAACCAAACUGGUGACAAGUGGCAACAUGUUCCUGAUGUUGGCGAUUGGUUCGGAAAGGAAGAUAACAAGUUUUGGCUGAGUUUGAUAUUGUUCUUCGGUUUGUGCUACCUUCUAUUUUCCAUUGCACGUUUUACCGGAUGUCUAACUAUCAUCCUGAGUUUGACGGCUUGUAUGCUAAUCUAUUAUUAUAGAGUUAUGAUCGGCUCAGUUAGUUUUUGGAGCGUUGUCCUACCAAAACACGACUUCUGCAUUUAUUUUUUCUGGAUAACCCUUAUGGAAAUAUACCUCAUAGCGUUGCUUCCUAGAGUGUAUCGAGCUGUGAAGCGUCAAACCGAACCUAAAGAUAGCCAACUUCUAAUCAACUUUUUAUGCGUUAUACUACUGAUCUCAGCAUUUAUUCAUAAGCCCCACAACGUGAUCCUAGUAGGAGCGAUAGUGUCUUCCAGCGGAUUUCUGGUUCAGAGAAUAAACAACAUAGCGAAGAGUAAAGCGGAAAAUAUGCUACUCAAAACUGUUGCGCAUUUUUGGUUGGGAAAAAUGUUCUACUUUUAUCAGGGUAACUCCAAUAAUCUGGCUACCGUAGAUCUCAACGCAGGUUACGUGGGACUGAGUUCCUUCAACUUUGCGCUGGUGGGAUUGUUUCUCACCUUGAACACUUUCAACGGACAAAUCCUGAGUUUUCUAAUGCUGGUUUACCAUUUAGCUCGUGGAAUUGCGCAAAAUCCAAUCAUCAAGUCUGCGGCAAUCGAAAAAAGGGAACCAAUCGUGAAACAGUAUUUAGUGAAGGUAUUGGGAUUACUAAUAAUGGUUCCACUUACGUUCUACCUUCUGGUGGUCGCGCUGAUGCGGAACCACAUUUUUGUGUGGACUGUAUUUUCACCAAAAAUUAUUUACGACUGCUUCUACACUGUGAUGUUUUUCAUUCAAUUUAUAGUUAUCAGUUGUAUAUUUUACUAGGUUAAUUGUCGAUGCAACUUCGGAAUUGUUCGGAUUAGUAAAACUAGUGUCGACUUGUAUUGGUUUAUAAAAAAAUGUUGCUUUAAUGAGAAUAAAUGAAUUGUUACUAAAUAAA